UGUGCAGUGAUGCUGUUGAUUGAAUUCAGGAGCAUCUCUGGGGGAGGGGAAAGGGAGGAAACUGGUUGCUUCUUAUUAAAAAAAGGGGGGAAGAAAGAAGGAUGGGGGUUUAAUUUUCCUUCAAACAUCCACAGGACUGGGAACGCUUAUUCCUUGUUGUGUGUGAAAUGGAACCUUGAAUCUUGGCUGGAUGGAAAAGCUUCCUAUGAGCUAAAGGAAACAGGGAAGAGUUUGUAGUAGCACUAAUUAGAACAGUGCAAGAGGAAGACACUUUAUGCUGCCAUCCCAUCCCCAUUGUUAGUUUAGCUGCAUGCAGCUUCCUUAAAGGGGAGUGGAUGAAGGCAACUUGGGAACUGCACUUACCCGGGAUGCCAAGAUUUCCUUGGGAGUGUGGGCAUACAUUGCCUCUGAACAAGAGGGGGGCGCUAUUGUUACCACUAUGAUAAAUCACUGUUUUUUAAAAAAAGAUCAGCAGGUGCAGGUGAAUAGAGGAGGGUUUGUUGCACUAAACCUGGAUUGCCUCCAUUUUGGGGUGGGAAGGUGGAUGGAACAGGGUGACAACACACUCAGGGACAUGAGAUCAAAAUGGUAGUUGCUGUAUCAAAUGAUGAAAUAAUAACAGGAUAGUUUUGAGUUUCUCUCCUGCUUUUCUUCCCAUUACACAGUUCUCAAGAUAAGCCACCAUCCACUUAACAUCUUUUUAUCGUUGCAUUCCCAAGAAGUCCACAGGGCUUCACUGCAAUUUAAUUAUCUGGUAGAUUGCUUGGUUAAACUGCCAGACUUUACCAUUAUCAGUCAAAAAGGAUCUUACAUGAAAGCCUAUAGGCAGCAUCAUUUAGUUACUGCCCUCAAAUCAAUGACUCUGGGCUACUCCUCUGAAAUUAGAGGAAUUACUUCUUUCUUAUCUAGUGCAGUUGGAGAUGGCUGUAAGAUUGCAUUUCUGGGCUCAGAAGAAUGAGAUUGUGUCAGGAACCUUAUUUUUGUGGUAAAAGUUGUCCCAGAGCCAUUAUAAUAUUGGAAUUAGGUACUGAUAGUCACUCAUCCUAGGUUUGUAGAACUUGGGAAAGAUUAACUACUUGAUGCCAUUGUGCAGUAAGUCAUAAAGAAUAUUCAUCCGCAGCUUCUUCCACCUUCUGUCCAUUAUGGAGGAGAAAACCCAAAUUAACUGCUUAUUACAUGUUAUCUUUGUCUUCAAACCUAGUCUUUCAACAUUUGAAGAUGCUGCAAAGUUAUAGAGUAAGAACAUAUCCUGAAGAACAUAGUUUGCAUAUGGAAAAUAAUGCAUUAUGCUCUUUAAAACUUGCCUUCUUUCAGAGUAAUGAGGAUGGAAGAGGAGGGACAGAGAUCUAUAUCUCUUUUUAGGUGUAUGAUUUACCUUGACUAUCAGGUUCAUUCAGAAAAAUGAGAAGGAAGGACUACAUUGAAUAUUGCCAAUAUCUUAAUGACUUGAAAGUGGCGGCACCUGACCUGUUGGACCCCAAAUCUGCCACUCAGAACCUCAAGCCACGGCUGUCAUUUUCUACCAAGCCCACUGUACUUGCUUCACGGGAGGAAAGUGAUACAACUAUUAAUGUUAUGAAAUGGAAGACGGUAUCAACCAUUUUUCUAGUGGUGGUUUUGUAUUUAAUUAUUGGAGCUACUGUGUUCAAAGCUCUGGAGCAGCCACAUGAAACCAACCAGAGAACCACUAUUGUGAUCCAGAAGCAAAUGUUUGUGUCAGAGCAUGCCUGUGUGAAUGACACUGAACUUGAAGAUCUAAUUCAGCAAGUUGUGGCAGCAAUAAAUGCAGGAGUCAAUCCUAAAGGAAAUAUGCCAAAUCAAGUCAGUCACUGGGAUUUGGGAAGUUCCUUCUUCUUUGCGGGGACUGUUAUUACCACCAUAGCUCAAGUUGUUUGUAAUUUAGGAUUUGGGAACAUCUCACCACGUACAGAAGGUGGAAAAAUAUUCUGUAUCAUCUAUGCCUUACUGGGAAUCCCUCUCUUUGGUUUUCUGUUGGCUGGAGUUGGAGAUCAACUAGGGACCAUAUUUGGGAAAGGGAUUGCCAAAGUAGAAGACACAUUUGUUAAAUGGAAUGUGAGUCAGACAAAGAUCCGCAUAAUAUCAACAAUAAUAUUCAUACUGUUUGGCUGCGUUCUAUUUGUUGCUCUUCCGGCAGUCAUUUUCAAGCACAUAGAAGGCUGGAAUACAUUAGAUGCAAUUUAUUUUGUAGUUAUCACCUUAACAACAAUUGGAUUUGGUGAUUACGUUGCAGGGGGAUCAGAUAUUGAAUAUUUUGACUUUUACAAACCAGUUGUGUGGUUCUGGAUUCUAGUGGGUCUUGCAUAUUUUGCUGCUGUGUUGAGCAUGAUUGGUGAUUGGCUAAGAGUUAUAUCCAAAAAGACCAAGGAAGAGGUGGGAGAGUUCAGAGCUCAUGCAGCGGAGUGGACAGCCAAUGUUACUGCAGAGUUCAAAGAAACCCGCAGGCGCCUGAGCGUUGAGAUCUAUGACAAAUUCCAGCGGGCUACCUCCAUCAAAAGAAAGCUCUCUGCAGAAAUGGCAGUGAAUCACAGCCAAGACCUGACUCCUUGCAAAAGAACCUUGUCUGUCAACCACCUCACCAGCGAGAAGGAUAUCUUGCCUGCCAUCACAAAGACAGAUAGCAUUUAUAUGAAUGGCUUGACUCCUCACUGUGCAGCGGAAGAAAUUGCUGUGAUUGAGAACAUUAAGUAGCAGUGACUUUGAAGCCUGAUCUUUUAAUAAGAAGCCACCUAUGGUUUAGACUUACCUUGUAGGUCCUGAUUAUUUUCCCUCUGUCCAUAACCGAUGCCAAUAGCAUUUUUUAAAAAUCAUAUGCAUGAGUUCCAACAGAAAUCUACCCACAAUAUGGAGUCAUCAUUAUAUUUCUUGAAAGACACAAGAUGAAUGGCACUUUGGUCAUUGACAAAUGCUGGACUAGGCAAUGUUCAAUGCCUUUAAAAAAAAAAGCCUAAAUAUUGGUGCCCAGACUGGCUUUUGUUUUUGUUUUUUUCAUCUCUCCAGUUGCGCCGCAAGGCGUUAAGAAUGAAUAAUGCUGGUUUAGGUUAACAAUGUAGCUUUGAGAGAUCAGUCCUUAAACUUUUCAGGGUCUACCAUGCCAAGCCUAAGAAAGGACCAUACAUGGACUACAAUCUAUAUGUAAAUGGCAAGAAAAUCUUAUGCAGCCUUUUACCUAAGAAAUUUUUGUCAGUGCCUUAUCUUUUAAAGAAACAGAACCUCUAUAUCUUUCAUAUGGGUUUUUGUUAGUUUGUUGGUUCUUGCAUGAGUACAAUAUCUCAUGUUUAUAUUUCCUCUUGCCCUCCCCCUAACCAUGUUUUAAGGAUGUCUGAAGCCAAGGAUACCAGCGUUAAAAAAUAUGCCAAAUCAAGGACAUCAAAACGCCACUUCUAAUCUAGCUUUAAAGGCACUGCAAUUAUAAGGGUUGCAAAAGGUGUCCCCUAUAAUUUUUUUUAAACUCAGGUGCAGAUAAUACAUGUACACUCAAUUGAUAUGUAGAAUUUAUGGAUCCAUGUCAGGUCUCAUUACUUAAACUCUAUUCAACCUUUCAUACCCAUGCACCAUGUACCAAAAAACUUCAGUUGUGUAUUAUUAAAUUAUUUGACAAGAGAUAUAUCUUGGUGCAAUAGAUUUCUUUGCAUAUAAAGAAUGCAGAAAAAUCCUGAAUCAGCAGCACAUCAGCUACUAGCAAGUGCAGUGCUGCUGACAAAAAAGCAUUCUUUUUUUUUUCUCUCCAUUUGUUUUAUCUGUGUCAUGUUAGAAGUUCACUUAGCACAGGGAUUGUGCCUGCUGGAUUGCUUUCCUUGAAUGUUACAUCCUACAUUUUUGCCCACUGCAGCUGGGAAUAAAAGUAGGAAUGCAAUUGAAACUGGCAUCACUGUGACUUUCAACACCAAGGAUGUAGAUGGUAUCUGAAGACAAAUGCAGACAUGGAAGUAGUUGAUCAAUAGCACAGAGUACAAUUAAAUAGAUGAUUCUUGAUUGGAUAUAAUAGGCUGAUAUGCAGAUCUGAAACCAGUCCUUAGAAUUUCUUUGAUUGUUUUUUAAAAAAACACAAAUUAAUUUUAUAGCCUCUUGUGUCUUCUGUUUCUAAGUUUGUGUAUGAGAGUCAGAAGGAGUGCAGAAUAAUGGAAUAAUGGAAUGGCUUGUCUUUUAAAUUGUUUUCAACAUUUUAUUCUAUUGCAACCUGGCUGUAUAUAAAUACCCCUUAAAAGAUUAAUAGGCAGCCUGAUCCUCAAAGCAUAACUAAGGUGCAAGACUCCACUGAAAUCACAGGAGCUUACACUGACAGAGCUAUUUGAGGCCUUCACUCUUGGCUCUGAGUAUUUAAUACAAAAUGGGACUACAAUUGGAUUCUGUUCAAAUAACAUAUCCGUAUCAUUUAGUUAUUAUUAAUAGCAGUAUAAACUAUGAAUGUUAAAUUUAUGAAUGCUUCAUUUUUUUAUAACAAAUCUAAGUUAUAGGUGUAAAUAGCAAUCAGUGAAGAAUUAACAAGAGUGUACAUCUCAGAUCAGUAAAGUUCCAUUAAAUAUAUAUCAGGCCAAGCUCUUCAAAGAAAAAGGCCCCAUCACCACCA